AUACCAAUCUCAUUCUCAUCUUAUAAUCGGACCAUGGCUACUGCCUUCCAUGUCUGUUUUGAACCAGCAGAAAAGAGAAGGAAAUUCUUUGACUUAUUGAGCGUUGAUCGGUCAGGCGUGUACCGUCAAAUUGUUCAAGAAAGCGGAGAAGAGGAGUUUGGUAUUCCAGACUUCCGCCCACCCAUUGAUUUGGAUCGACUUUGGCCAGUCACCACCACAAUUGAGGAAAAGCGGCAAUUUCAUGGUCCAACCCACCUUGCCUAUAGUAUGGCUUCUUCUUCUGUUGUCCAUUUUGUGUAUGGCCCGCCGAAACUGAUUCAUAAAAUACCGGGAAUGAAAAAUGCGCCUAAACGUCGAAUGGAAUUGGAACUGCAUAAGUUGAUUCCUCAAGGCUGACACCCAUACUUUCAAGAACAAGCCCAAACCAGAAGUCAAGUAAUGUUAUCUCGAACGUACUUAAUUAGUUCAAAUUAAAUUUAUUAGUUAGAUAGCAGUUCUAAGAUUAUUGUUCCACUUGUAACGAGAUUUAAUUACCCCCAAAAAAGAUCUUCCCACUUUGAUUUACUAACUUUUAUCAUAAUUCCGUAUUGGUUGUUGUUGUGUUUGAUAGCAAUCCCUUUAUAAAUAGAUCCGAUGUAAAUUAGUUUCAGUUCUUAGUUGUUUUGGGGAGAGGAGGAAAGUAUGGAGAUUUUAUGCGUGUAUGUAUAUGUAUGGAGCACAUUUUCUUGUAUACUUCCCAGUUUUGUUCAUGUUCUUUUUUUAUUGUACCUCAUUUAUGAGCUAUAUGCGUCCUUAUUGAUUUGUCGUGUGUGAAAUGAGUACAUUUUAGAUUCUAUCAACUAUUGUAGGGAUAUUUGUUUUUUCCCUGAAUAGUUCUUGUGAUAUUAUCUCUUACAAUUUUGUUAAAAUCGCGAUUCUAGAUCGUAGUGCGAUUCUAUGAUCAUAGCACCCCAAAUCGAUCUGAAUCGCACAUAAAUCGUGUCUGUGGUAGUAUCGUAUGUAUAAUCUUAGAGUCGUAGGUAGAAUCGUUGAUAGAAUCGUAGAUUCAGUUUUUUUUUUU